CCUCCCCCGUCGCGCCUUAUGUGUGUCAGGCACGGGAUCUCUAUUUUUUUUUUUUUUUUUUUUUUUGAUUCCACUACUCUGCCCUACAUCGAGGAGGUGGGGGUGCAUGAUCUUGGCUCUCCCUUGGCUCUCUGCCCGAGGAUAGCAAUAAUGGGAAGAGGGAGGGGGAAAUUAGGGUGCCCCUUACUUGACUUUGCGCGGGUAAGCGUGCUGUGGUGUGUGCUUGUACCUUACCUUAUCUUGAUUUCGCCUUGCAUGCCGCUGCUCUGCUACUGUAUGUACGGCGUAUAGUACAGAGCUGCUGCUGUAGCUUCCCUGGGAGCUGGCGCUGGCGCGGAUCGGUUUAGAUCGCGGUCUACACUGCGGCGCUGUUUUGCGACGGCGAAGGUUAAUACGCGCGCUGCGCUAUGUUGGGCCAAGGGGCCAUAAUACUCCCCACAAUACUACGAAAAGUACGCGCACGCACAGUCCGCAGCACCAACGCGGGCCAUACGCAGCUCCCCUCCCCCAUCCCUAGCCCAUCCAUUCCCGGCCGGCACCUCCAUCGCCCAUCCACUCCGUACCAAAGAAAGCAAACCCCGAGAGAGCCCACAGCAUUGAGCACCAGCAAGGGAAAAAAACCAAUACAGGCACAGCCACGCACAGAGCCGGAGCGGAGAUACCGCAGCGGCACCGGCAGCACCGGCAGCACCGGCAGCACGUUCCUCCCCCCCGACGCCACCCCUGCACGGCCGGCACGGCACCGGAUCAGCUGCGCAAGGGUAGAGGACCAGCAGAGGAAUAGCGAGGACCAGCGAGGACCAGCGAGGACCAGCGAGGACCAGCAGAGGACCAGCAGAGGACUAGCGAGGGCGGCGCUGCAAGAUGGGAGGCGAUCAUAGAUAUGAAGGAGAUCGCAGUGUAUAGCUUAUCCUAUCGCGGGAGAGUUGCAUACUAAACAGUCGCAGGCCAGCUCGAGUCUGGCAAGGGCGGGUAUCUGGAUUUGGACGUCGUUGUCUAAAUGGGGAUUGACUCUGGGUAUGUCCACCCCCCCCGUCUAGCUGGCGGCGAUCGAUCGGGCGGUGGUGG